AUGAGCAAUAUUCCAAAAGUAGCCGCUCAUAUCCGUGGAAUUGCGUUUCCCAAGCGUGCUCCUUGGACGCCUAAAAUUCCCGACUGGCCCGUCAUCCCAGAAAACAUUAAACAGAUCGCUGCUGCUGCUGCCAAGGCUAGCCAGGCCGCCCAGCCACUCAUUGCACCACGAGAUCCAUCUAUUUGGGCCGUUGUUGGUGAGCCAGACCGAAUCGAAGUCGUGCGAGCAGGAAUUCAAUACAUGAAGAGAAAGCCAAUUUCAGAAGAAGAAGCCGAAGCCAUCUUGUACUAA